UGAUUUAUCCGCGGAAUUGGACAUGUUGGAUGGCGAGCUAGAGCAUGAACUAGAGUCUGAAGCUUUAUGCCUGGAACCGAACCAACCGAACUGAAUCCACCCAACCGGGCCCCGGGCGGGUUCUUCCGAUGCACUGCUGUGGAUAUAGCGCCUCUAAAAACCCUGGAUAAGUGACGUUGACGUCUGUUGUUGUCCUCAACCAGAACCACGAAGCAUUCUUUGUUUUACAGGAAACCCAAACCUUCAUCAUGCCCGCCAUUGUCAACCUCCUCUUCAACGUGGUCUCCACAAACACCAGCAUCUCCUGCAACACGGUGGUCAGCUUCGUCUCCCUCAAAGCCCGUCUUGCUGCUGAACCUCAGCCUGGCCGACACGGGGGCUCUGCUCACCCUGCCCUGCGUGCUCCUGAGUGCCGGCGUCCAGGACUGGAUCCUCGGGGACGCGGCUUGCAUCCUCCUGGGGUUCCUGACCUCCGUCACAGUCGGAGUGGAAAGUUUCAGCCUGGCUGCUUUGUCCGUGCUCCGCCGUCGUACUGUUGCGCCGCGCGGGAGACGAGCUGCAAACUUGACGCAAAUGUUAUUUGUUCUCCUGGCAAUGUGGCCGGUGUGGGUCACCAUGGCUUUACCAAAGGUCACCGACAUCAACUUCAACGGCGGUUGCACGUGGUCAGCAGGCCGAGAGGAGUGGCUGUUCUCCCUGGUUUAUCACGUGGCUCCUCUCCUGUGUAUCGCCGUCAACUGCAGCCUCGUCAUCUCCCACCUCCAUGCUUGCCGAGGAUCCCUGGCUGCACUAACCAAAAAGCUGCCGCUUUGCUCGUUGCUUCGACGCCGGUUUUUUGCAGUGAGCUGGUUGCCGUAUUACCAGAGUACAGUAUGUUUCUCACUACGGCGCCGCCCCUCCGGCGCGGGAGCACGCCCCUCCCUGUCAAGCACCAGCUGCGGCGGGAAGAGGCCGUGUCCGAGGACUGCGAUUGGAUCCCGGGUCUGGAGGAGCCCGCCACCUUGCCCGUGCCCCGCGACGAAUCCUUCAGCCAACCGUCGGCGGCCCAGACCGCCUACCACGGCCACGGGGGGACUCUGAGGAUCGUGCUGCUGGGUCAGAACGGCGUGGGCAAGUCGUCUCUGGCCUUGUCGCUGGCCGGCCAGUCGGACAGAUCCCUCUCCAUAGACUCUGAGACCCAGGCAUGCGGGGAAGGCUACGAGUGUUCCGUCACGGUCGACGACGAGGACAGCAAAGUCAUCAUAUUCGACAAUUGGAAACAGGACCUGUCCACGCUGAAGUGUGACGUGUGCGUCCUGGUCUUCUCCGUGACCGACAGGCGAAGUUUCCAUCGCACGGCGCAGCUCCGCCUCCUCCUCAGGGAGUCCCAGCCUCACAUGCCAAUCAUCCUGGUGGGCAACAAGAGCGACCUGGUUCGCUCCCGUGAGAUAAGUGCAGAGGAGGCCCAGUCCAGCGCCAUGAUGUACGACUGCCACUACCUGGAGCUCUCCGCCUCCCUGGAGCACGGCACCAACGAGCUGCUGGAGGCGGCCGUCCGGACCGCCAGGGGCGACUGCGCGGGCCCCGACUGGGCCGAGGGCGAGCCCGGCUCGGGCCGCAGGGAGAGCCUGACCAGCCGGGCCAAGCGCUUCUUGGCGGGGCUGGUGCCGCGCUCGUACGGCCGCGAGCGCGACCGGGGACGCUACCGGGAGAUGAGCCGCCACCGGGGCAGCAAGAUCUUCCGGCAGAAGUCGCGCUCCUGCCACGACCUCAGCGCACUGUGACGUUUUACACACACCACACACACACACACACACACACACACACAAACACGAUUGAAAAGGUAUGCCGGAGGUGUGGACUGUCCGAUGGAGGAUUGUGUUCAUGCACAGGCUUGCAUAGACCUAUGCUCCCCCCACCCCACCCACCCCGACCCCCUUAAUCCAGCCUUACACUUACUGGUGCCUAAUGGUGGUUUAUUGCGAUGUGCAUCAUAUUAGGGAUGGAUCAACUCAGCUCCAACACAAACCCAAAUCCGAAACCUUGCAACGGUCAUACCAUACCAACUUCGGUGCUGUCAAAUGAAAACAAAAAUCUGAAUAAUCACACUUUUAAAUGUAGAUUAAUCAUGAUUAAUUAAGUAACACUAAGCCAGGUUUGCAUAAUUUAAUCAACGCAAUAUUUGGACACAAAUGCAGUUUUACUGUCAGAAUUUCAGACAGGAAAAAUUUUUAAAUUUUUAAUACAUUUAUGUGAGAAUUUUUUGUGAUUAAUCGCAUGAGUUAACUUGUUAAAUUUGACAGCCCUAAUUUUGUAAUUUCAUAAAAUUUCACAAAAUUUGCUGACAUAUUUACACGAACCCGAAAUUUAAUAAAUAGUUUGUGGUGUAAAACAUUAAAUGACAAUUAAAAAAAAUUUAAUCAGAUUAAUCACACUUUUGCAUUUUUAGUAAUCAACAUUAAAUGCAAUUUACUUUAAAAAUAAAAACACCUAUAUUUUGACACAAAUGUAAUGUUUAUUGUAAGAAUUUCAUACAGGAACAUUGUUUUAAUAUUGAUUCAUCACAUAAGUUAAAUCAUAUAAAAAUAUAUCUUCAAUUAAAAACAAUAAAAUUUUAAAACCCAUUUUGAUUAGUCACAUUUAAUUGCAACAAAUAUUUUGUAUUUAUUAAGAAUGAAGAAUUGAGUUAAAAAAAAAAAAACUGGUGCUGUCAAAUGAAAACAAAAAUCUGAAUAAUCACACUUUUAAAUGUAGAUUAAUCAUGAUUAAUUAACUAAGUAACACUAAGCCAGGUUUGCAUCAUUUAAUCAACUUAAUAUUUGGACACAAAUGCAAUUUUACUAUCUGAUUGUCAGACAGGAACACUUUUUAGAUUUUUAAUAUUUAUGUGAGAAUUUUUUGUGAUUAAUCGCAUGAGUUAACUCAUUAAAUUUGACAGGCCUAAUUUGGUAUUUUCAUAACCGUGUUUUAGACUACAAAUUUACAAGAUGUGGCGCAUCAUUUUUCGACAUCUUUACAUGAACCCGUAACCUAAUAGUUUGUAGUGUAAAACAUUAAAUGACAAAUAAAACAGCGCUGUCAAACAAACUUUUUUUUUUUUAAAUCAGAUUAAUCACAUUUUUGUAUUUUAAUCAAUCACUCCAUCACAAAAAAAUAAGAGUUGUAGAAAUGAUCGGAAACUCAAGUCAGCCAUGACAUGAUGUUCUUUACAAGUCUAUGUACACUUUUGACAACGACCCUACAACCAAAAAAAACAAAAAUCCCCGGUCCCCACUUUGUCUGAUCACCAACAAGUACGUGCUCCAAUCGCUACAUCACAAAAAAAAAUAAGAGUUGUAGAAAUGAUCGGAAACUGAAGUCAGCCAUGACUUGAUUUUCUUUACAAGUCUAUGUCCACUUUUGACCACGACCGUAUAUCCAAAAAAACAAAAAUCUCCGGUCCCCACUUUGUCUGAUCACCAACAAGUAUGUGCUCCAAUCGCUACAUCACAAAAAAAAAAAAAGAGUUGUAGAAAUGAUUGGAAACUCAAGUCAGCCAUGACAUGAUGUUCUUUACAAGUCUAUGUACACUUUUGACCACGACCGUAGAACCAAAAAAAGAAAAAUCCCCGGUCUCCACUUUGUCUGAUCACCAACAAGUAUGUGCUCCAAUCGCUACAUCACAAAAAAAUAAGAGUUGUAGAAAUGAUCGGAAACUCAAGUCAGCCAUGACAUAAUGUUCUUUACAAGUCUAUGUACACUUUUGACCACGACCGUACAACCAAAAAAACAAAAAUCCACGGUCCCCACUUUGUCUGAUCACCAACAAGUAUGUGCUCCAACCACUCUAUCACAAAAAAAAUAAGGGUUGUAGAAAUGAUCGGAAACUAAAAUCAGCAUGACAUGAUGUUCUUUACAAGUCUAUGUCCACUUUUGACCACGACCGUACAUCCAAAAAAACUAAAAUCUCCGGUCCCCACUUUGUCUGAUCCCAGGCUCUAUCGGGAAUCAUUUUGCCAACAUAUCAGGAGGCGCCGGGAAAAAAAACGAGCAGGACUCGCAUCGUUAAAGACACCGACUGGAGGAGAGUGGGAGUGGACGGGAGUCACAAAUAGACACUGGAGUAGCGCGCACUGAUUACGUGGACUUUGUAGACCCUCUUUUAUAGCAUGCUCGGUAGACAACGGACCUUGUAGAUUACUCAAGUACCUUAGUGGCAAAUAGGCUACGCACAAUGGCAAAAGACCCUUUAUUUGACACCAUAACCCCCCUCUGUGUGUUUCUAGUCCUUUUGUCGGUGGACAUCUGUGGACCGUCCAAGCCAUAUGCUCGCUGAUUGCCGGAUAGCCAAUCAGCGACGAGAACCCUUUACGGCAGGAAAGUGAAGAGGAACAAAGGGUGUAAGGACGCCUUACGGAACUCUUGAACCGACGUGGCAAAAGAAGAACAGACCUAAACUACCUGUGGAUGUUUGAUAUUUCCGUGUUUCCCUUUCCACUCACGUUGCGGGGAAUGGGUUCUUUUACGGGUGAUCCCGACCAGAACGUUCUGGGUACAGUAUCCCAAGUGCACGCCCGCUCGUUUGUCACAAUCUGCGAAGCACCCACGCAUCUUUCCACCGUGAAUAAAGUUUCGUUUGACAUCCCAA